AUGUCUUCUCAAAUGAUUGGCUCUGAUUUAAGUCUAGAGAUGUUCAAUAUCAAAGUCGAUAAUUAUGUUAAAGCAUGCACAAGCAACCCAGGGAUUUGUGAUUCAAACGCAAUGAAACAAAUAAAAAUAUUGUGCUUGGCUGAUUACGAGAUAGCCACAUGUGAUGCUAUGGUUAAUGGUGUCUUUAAGAAAUUCUGUGCCAGUCGUCCUGUUGAUAAGAAAGAUGCUGCCUAUUGCAAAAAACUAUUCCCUGACUCGACCACUUCUCCGCCUCCUAUCAGCACCACACCUCCAUCCUCUAUCGUAUCCAAUCUCACCAUUGCCACAGCAAUCUCUCCUGAAUCCUCUAACAAUCUAGGUCUACUCAUUGGAUGUCUGGUUGGAGCUUUCUUUUUGGUCAUCAUUGUUAUCGUUCUGUUUUGUUGGUGGAGGCGAAGAAAAUUGAUGGAUAAAGAGUUGUCAUCGAUUGGCGGGAAGAGUGAAUCAAAAUCGAAAAAGCCAGUGAUUGCUGAGAAUAAGAGAAAGUCUAUAUGGAUUAUGGUGGAUGAUGGGGAUGAGAUAAAGAAGUAG